ACCUGCACCUCCUCCGACUGCCUCCACCGCCACCUCCUCUUCUUCCCUUCUCCACCUCCUCGAUCGUUCCCACCCUAUCCCCACCUCCAAGGUUCAACGCAUCGGUCUUUCCCCCUAUUGGAAGUCGAAGUCAAGCUCCGCCUCCAGGACGCCUCCGCCCACCGUCAAUUAACCACCAUCCUUUCUCCUUUCCUCUCCAGAACCCUCCACCAAGAAAACCUCUUCUUCGACACCCCAACAAAUACCCUUUCCUCCCAACUCUCCGUUCUUCGCCUCCGCUUCCUCAACAAUGACACCCGCUGCAUCGUUUCCCUCAAAUCCAGACCUAUUCUGGUAGAUGGUGUCAGUCGCGUGGAGGAAGAUGAAGAGGACCUAGAUCCGUGUGCUGCACGCGCUUGCGUGGAUGACCCGGCAAAUUUGGCUAUGAUUGAGUCGAGGAUUUUGAUGAGGGUUAAAGAGGAGUUUGGGGUUGGGGAAGAAAUGGGAUUUGUUUGUUUAGGUGGGUUUGAGAAUAAAAGAGAGGUUUUUGAUUGGAAAAAUCUGAAGCUGGAAUUGGAUGAGACUAAGUAUGAAUUUGGGACAUGCUACGAGAUCGAAUGUGAAAGUGAGGAUCCUGAUGGGGUUAAGAAAUUGCUUGAGGAGUUUUUGAAGGAAAAUGGGGUUGCUUAUUCGUACUCUAAGAUGACAAAGUUUGCUGUUUUUAGGUCUGGGAAGCUGCCUUAGCAAAGUGAGUUUGAGAAACUAUGCAGUGACACCUGAGACUUACUGUUUUCCUUAAGAACUUCGUCUGUGAACCUAUCUGAUUUCUCUUCUUUCUUUCCUUGUCUGGAUCUGUGGUGAGGACAAGUUGGUUGGUGUUAAUUACUUGACUUUUCAUGAUGAGAAGGGAAUGAUCUUGAAUAGUUCUUAUGUUGGAAUAAAAAAAUACAGGGCUAUAAGACAAAUAAGCGAGCUUGUAUGCUGUAUUAAUUGAAAUGUAAUGUGUGAAUUUUAAUUAAAUUGCAACUAUGUUCUUCA